GUUUCGGAAGAUCUUCAACUUUUUCUUCUCGUGCUGCCCAUCGUGUUUGCUACUUUUGAUCGCGUUUAUUCGCACUGCUACAAUUUAAAAAUCUGCCAAAACUUUCAGUACGAGCACAAAUACGGCUUUGAGGGAGCGAAAAUGAGGAAAGCAGCCCUUCUCUCCUCGCUCACCGGCGCGGUGGCGCUGGAGAGCGGUGCCAGCAGCGGGAUCAUGAAGGUGGUGAAACUUCUCCAGGACACCAAGGCCGAUCUGAUCAAGGAAAGAAAAACGCAGGAGCAAGAGUACAUGAAACUCGACUGCGUGGUGAAGAAGACAAAGGAGGAAAACGCGAAGCUUCGGGAAGAAAACUCAGGAAGUAUUUGUUUUUUUUCCAGAAGAAAACAAAAAAUAUUUUCUGAACAGGAGCGGUGCAUGAACUUUAUGCAGCCGCAGGAUAGCACUAGCAAUAACAUCUUGUAUUAUAGCACUAGCAAGAGCAUCUUGUAUUAUGGAUAUCUUGGCGGACCCCAGGAUUGUAGAUUAAAAAAACUGCGAAUUGCGAGGGUGUGGUGUGUUUUUCAUCAUGAAGGCGCAACAAAAAAGAAAGGGAUGACGCCCCGAAUCUUUCGUAGCCUUCACGCAAAGUUGUAUUUUUGAGGCCCAAACGAACAUUGUUCCGUCUGUUUAACAUUCGACAACAUAUUGCCACACAAAACAGAAAUCGCCGAUAUCGAUAGCGAGCUCGCUUUACUUGAAGGCGGGAAGACUUUGACGGACGAGGCGCAAGUAUUCGCGGCUAAAAUUGACGAGAAGAACAAGGAAAUCGAAAAGGCCGAGGCAGAUUUGGAUGCAGAGAAGGAAAAGUACGAUACCUACAUGGCAGAUUUGAAGGCGGGGAUUGCCGCCUUAGCAGAUGCGGAGAAGAAGAUCCAAGGCCAGAGUACUGUUGGAUAAUUUUCUCGUUAGUUCUUGCGUUUUUUGUACGCCCGCAGACGCAUCGUGGAUAAUAUUUUCCGGGACGGUGUGAUGGUUUAAAAUUUUGAAGGUGCCGUAUGCAAUCGUGCAAAACAUUACCCACGGCGGUAUGGUGAUGAUCGCUUUAAUUAUGAAAAAUUUAUAAAACCUCAAUCAAAAAUAAAUAUAAAAUCAGCCCUUCUUGUCCAGCAGAAGACCCUGAAGUCCCUCCUCGCCAAGGCCAAGCUGCUUCCCGCGCAGCAGAUCGCCAUGCUGAAAUUCGAGAAGCAGGCUCCGGAAGCGUACAGCAGCCAAGUUGGUUCCAUCGUGGAGUUGAUCCAAACCCUGAAAAACGAGUACAAAAAGGAGGAGAUCGACACAACAACGCAGCACGAGAAGGACGUCGCGGCACAAGAAGCGCUCAUCAAAGAAUUAAAGGAAGCCCUUUCCGGUCUCCAGGAGCAGCAGCAAGCGGGUGAGGGGGAGGCCGCCGCGAAGGCGAGACGGACGCAGGAAUUGACCGACUUGAAGACUACACUGGAGGGCGAAAUCGCCGACGCGGAUGCGUAUCCACAGGCAAUUUUCCGUACACGUACAAAUGCGGCUUCCGCAUGACAAAACUUUCCUUCAAACCUCUUCAGCAUGACAAAAUGCUUCUUCCAAGUUGAUCCAAUUUGUGAUGCUGUUUGUACAUGUGCGCAAAAUUUGUAUUGCAUAAUGCGGAAGACAAGGUCAUGGACGAGAACAAGACGAAGCAGGACACCGAGUACGAAACCUUCUCUGCUGACUCCAUGGCGCAGGAGGACGCGAUCGACAAAGCGGUUGAAAUCCUCCUACGCAUUGCAAAAGCAUCGUGUUAGUAGUAAUUGCAUAUAUACAAACUUUUUCCAAGAGAAAUGACACUUGUCAUGCAGAAACAGGCAGGUAGGGAGUUUUGUCAUGCUGUACUGCAAUUAGUACGAGCACAAUGCUGUUUUGCAUUUGAUAACUCCACAGUGACGACAACCGGGAUUUAUUCCAGAAGAACGAGGACGACAAGGAGUACGAGGCGGCUUUCUUCCUGCAGAAGGCCUCUAUCACAACGGAGAAGGUCCGCUCCAUGAAGGAGCUGCAACUCGCCCGGGAACGCGAAACGGCUAUUCAAGUCUUGAUGGCCGCGAUCUCCGACCAGGUGUCUGAGUUGAAGGACGAAAAGAAGUCCAUCGAAACCUCCGUGGAGCACUGCAGAGUCGACUCGAAGAAGCUGAUCGAAGACGCUAAGACGGUAUUAGUAGUGGUUUGGUGCAUUGCAGGUAGUGCUCGUGUUAGUUGGUUUUGCAUGACAAAAACAUAAUUGUAUUGAACAGGCUAAAUUUUUAGCGUAGCGGCUACGCAUCACAAACAAUCAAACAGGCUGCCGAACAGAUGGACGGGCAAGACGCGCAAAUCCGAGCCUCCACCGAGAUCAUUGAGAUGGAGAAUGAGAAGCAAAAAAAGCUUAUGACAGUGCACAACUCCCCCUUCCCCUCAUGAUUUGUCAUGCAAAAUACCAAAUCCGCCCUUUUCUCUUUGGCACAUCUUGCAUGACAGAUUUCGCAAGCCGACCCAGGGCUAGAAUCGGUCGCGAAUUCUUCAUGCAAAAGCUGCAUUUAUGCCAGCACUUGUGUUGCUGCUUAUCCCAUUGAAAUGAGGGGACGGGGGAGUUGUGCAGUCUCAUAAAGCUGACCGAGGAAAUCGCCGACAAGAUGGAGGAAAAGAGAAAGAAAACCGAAAUUUUCGAGGAAAGCAAGAAGGAGUAUAUUUUUGUUUACAUUUACGUCACCAGUUUUAGUCGAAUUGCAAAUUUAGAAAUUUUGUUGAAAAUCCACUCUGCAUUUUAAGCCUAGUAAAAUUCGUAAAUCGUAACGAGAGCGACCUGAUGGCUCGACUACGCAAUGUUCAGAUCAUGUGUAGUACAAUCGAAGCUUUGUACUUUUCGAUCUUCGUCAUCGUCUGUUACCGUAUCUACAGCCUCGAAGCCAUCAAGGACGAUUUGACCACCGCUCUGGGUGAAGUCCGCAAGGCCAUUCUGGAGCUUCGCAAGUACAAGCCGGAGAAGACCAGCCGGUUCAACGAGGGCAGCAAGGGCGACUUGACCAAGAAGACCUCCAACCCCCUUGCGCCGGUGAUCACCAUGCUGGACGGGAUUGUCUCGCAAAUGGACAACGAGAAGACUGACCGGACGACGCAGAUCACCGAUUUACAAGCCGAGCAGGACGAGAUGGUGAAGACCAUCGGUAACGCCUCCCCGAUGGAGGAGUCCAUGAUGGUCACCACGAUUGAAACCCCGGAGUCCAUCAUCGGUGGGAAGGAAAAGGAGCGGAAUGACUCUGUUACCAAAGAGGCGGAGGAAGAAGCCAAGAAGACCUCCGCAGAGACCGACUACGCCUCCGAGCGGGAGAAAUUAUACGGCACGGACGGGACUACAGGAUUAUUAGCAUCUUUCAACAAGCUCCAGCCCGGCUGCGACUACUGGAUGCUGGGGUCCCAGGCGCGGUUCGCGGCCAUCGCGGAGGAGAUUUCGACGUUGGACGAAGUGAAGCACGUCUUGUCGAACCAGGAUUUGGUCUUCGUAUCCACAGUAAAGCUAUUCCCGUACACGUACAGAUGCUGUCUCUGUAUGACAAAACUUGGCUCCAAUCUUAGCCAGCAUGACAAGUUGGACACUGAAAGUUAGCGAAAUUUGUGAUGCAUUUUGUACAUGUAAGGGAAAUUUGUAUUGCAUACUUGGACGGGAAGGACACGAUGGAGAUGGAAGCCCGCGAGAAGGGAGCGGACGCCAAGGACCACCAGUAUGAGGAUGUGACGUCUCGCGUCACGGGAUCCGCACCCUAAAUUGCUGUCAAGUUUGAUGUUCUUUCCGUCUGGCGAAGAGGAGGGUUUAUUGCAAUUCUUAUGAGCGAGGAGCUUCACGAAGAACCGAAUGAAUGUACAAUUUUACUUCACGAUAGCACGAGAAUUCAAAGUUUCACCACAGUUGUGUAUCAGCAACACAGAAAAUAAUUCUCGUUUUUUCAUCGCAUGUAAAGCCACAUCGAAAGCUACCAUCCCUGUUUUAUGUGUUUUUGGUUUAGCUCAUUUGACAAGUGUUAGAUAAAGGUAAAAGGCAAAUUUCACGACCCGUUAUAAAUACUUUGACAAAAUCAGGCAGAUUUUUUAGAUAGUUCAGUUCAGGCAAACUAUUUUAUGUGUUUUUGGUUUAGUUCAGUUUCGGGUAGCUGUGGCAAUGCGCUGCGUGUUGACAGCGGGAUCAAAGACAUGGUAUCGUGAAAGAUAAAACGUGAUUGUGAAGCAGGGACGCAGAGAAACUGAGAAUUGCAAAUGCAACAACAGUGCGGUCAAAGACGGAAGAAAAAAGACGAAAAGGGUCGCAUCGAUGGGGGCACGAG